AUGGACAAAACCAAGUGUGUUCUUUUCUGUUUGGUGAUCUUGUUAAAAGCGUGCACGGUGGAAAUGCAUAUAUUCGGGAUCGAUUAUGAGAACAAUACCUUCGUGAUGGACGGAAAACCGUUCCAGUAUGUAGCAGGCUCGUUUCAUUACUUCCGCGCGGUUCCCGAAAGCUGGGGACAAAUUUUGCGUUCGAUGCGCGCAGCCGGGCUUAAUGCAGUUACGACCUACGUGGAAUGGUCUCUGCACAACCCCCAGGAAGACGUGUACAAAUGGGAUGGAAUAGCCGAUGUUGAGCGCUUUAUAGAACUAGCCGCCAGUGAAGGAUUGUACGUGAUCUUGCGCCCAGGGCCUUACAUUUGCGCCGAGCGGGAUAUGGGCGGGUUCCCAUCGUGGCUACUACACAAGCACCCGGGCAUGUUGCUCCGGACCUAUGAUAACACAUAUCUGCGAGAGGUAAGGUCCUGGUACGCUCAGCUGAUGUCCCGAAUGCAGCGGUUUCUUGUUGGCCAGGGUGGCCCGAUCAUCAUGGUGCAGGUCGAAAAUGAGUACGGCUCGUUCUACGCAUGUGAUCACAAGUAUCUUAACUGGUUGCGAGACGAGACUGAGCGCUAUGUGAUGGGCAACGCGGUGCUAUUCACCAACAAUGGCCCUGGGUUGGAAAAAUGUGGUGCCAUAGAGCACGUUCUGAGCACUCUUGACUUCGGUCCGGGAUCAGAGGACGAAAUCAACGGCUAUUGGACUAAGCUCAGGGAAACGCAACCUAAAGGUCCUUUGGUUAAUGCAGAGUAUUAUCCUGGCUGGCUGACGCACUGGCAGGAGCCCCAUAUGGCUCGCUCUGACACCAAGGUUGUUGUAGAAAGCCUCGAUUUUAUGCUACGCAACAAGAUCAACGUCAACAUCUACAUGUUCUAUGGUGGCACAAACUAUGGCUAUACAGCUGGAGCCAACGAUCAAGGCGUGGGAGGGUACGCAGCAGAUAUCACCUCCUACGAUUAUGACGCUCCGCUGGACGAGUCCGGAGAUCCGACGCCAAAAUAUUUCGCCAUUCGUGAUACUAUCCUGAAGUACUUCCCAGCUCCCAACGUUCCCGUACCAGUACCAACUCAGAAAAUGCGACUUCCACCAAUUCCGAUGACUCGUGUAGGAAGUCUGCUCGACGCAGAUAUCCUGAGGGCCAUCUCGGUGAGAAACAUAACCGCCCACCAAACAAUGACCUUUGAGGAGCUAAACCAAGCCUCCGGGUUGGUGCUGUAUGAAGCGAUCAUCCCUAUCUCUAUCAAGACGGACCCGCGGAAGCUUCAAGUCCAGGAUGUGCGUGAUCGCGGCUAUGUGUUUCUGGGAGAUCGCUUCAUCGGUGUACUAUCUCGCGAAAAUCAGAUCAAUAUGAUUGCGCUCCCUCUAGAUGGUGGCCAAUUGUUGCGCAUUUUCAUCGAGAAUCAAGGACGUAUUAAUUUUGGUAUCGCCAACGAUAUCAAGGGUAUUCUGGGAAACGUGUACGUCAAUUCCAUAGAAAUCGUCAAUUGGACCAUGUACAGCCUUCCUCUGGAGGAUUUCAAACCGAUUGCCGAAGUAAUACACCUUCACCGAAAGAAGCACCGUGUAGUAGCUGGAGAAGGAAAACUAUCGCCGAUGUCAGUGAGCUACGGACUUUUCGAAAUCGACAAUCAGCCUGCCGACACUUAUCUCGAUCCUACAGGCUGGGGUAAAGGGAUCAUUUUCGUGAAUCAUAAGCUAAUAGGGCGCUACUGGCCGGUAGUCGGGCCGCAAGUAACGCUGUACGUGUCGAAGCAUUUAUUGUUACCAGGGAGCAACCUACUUUUAAUCAUAGAAUACCAGCGAGAUUGCGAUUCCAUACCUUCGGUGACAUUUUCCGACACACCAAUUUUCAAUUGA